UGGCGAACACCAAGGUGUCGGACGACCACUGGAAGAGUGCAAGGGGAGUGUAGCGGAGGGCUGUGCAGACCGAGGUUACAGACCUGACAGACGUGUCAGUCGCGGCGACAGGCGAUGAGUUUUCUCUAGCCGUAGAGCUGAGGAAUCGAUUUGAGUGGAGUGCAAUAAUCUUGCCAAUGACACCAUCUCCUGCGGGUGAAAUUCUGACACUGUACAUCCAUCCAACCGCAAUCCUCUGAGAUAAACAUGAGUGUUCUCUUGAACUUCACUGUUGGAUCACCCCCUAUACCAUGCUGGGGCUGCUUGUUCGCCACAGCUUCUUAACUUGCAGGAGAUUCUCCUUGCCCCACCAGCUGUCACGCCUACUGAGUCCAGGUGCUUUUACCAGUAUGUACACCACACGCAUGUACAGUGGUGGUGGGGGCAAGCCAGGUCGCCGCAUCGGCCUGAUGGGAGGAGGGCCACCUAUGCUGGAGAACCACCAUCACCUGCUUCCUCCUCCUCCACAUCAUCCACAUGUCCAUCAGCAUCAAAAUUACCCACCCGUUUAUCAGGCACGUCUAGAUGGCCACCGGCCCCAUUUCCAGACCCACCAGCACUACCACACGCACCCGCAAGUCAAUCACCUCCCUCCUCCGCACUAUCAACCCCAUGCACAUUUGCACCACAGCAAGAAAAAGACGUGGAACUUCAUCCAUGAGAAGAUGAGCUACGACACCUUCUUCACCAUGAAACGGCUGAUUGAUCGCUCACGCACUGUUGAUGAAGUUCUCCGCUGGGUCACCCAGAAUCCAGGGAAGAUCUCGCACAAUCACUACCCCAUCGCUCUGCAGAAGAUUGGUCAGCUCCUGGUGCUUCAGCAGGCUGGGGGUCAGGCAGGUGGGAGUGGAGGAGCAGGUGAAGGAGCUUUGCCCUCAUCCGCUUGUGGAGGCUCGGUAGAGAACAGCGUACGACAGAUUCUGGAUAAUCGGGAUUUUCAGACGCUCUGUGACGCCAUUGUCAAUGACUGCUCCAAGUUCGACAAUUUCAGCAUUGUUAACUGCCUUUAUGCUGUAACUGCCCUUGGGCUGCCCAGUGACUCUCAGAUCGUGCAGGUGCUGGAAGAAGAGUCCCAGGCUCGCCUGUCCCAAUUCAACCAAAAGGACAUCUCCAUGGUUUUCAGCAGCAGCAUGAAGCUGCAUCCGUCCAGCCAGCAUCCCUUGAUUGAGUCAUGUCUCGCUGGGCUGGAGAAGAACAUCGAGCGGGAGCGCCACCCCCAGACACUCUUCCUCCUCCUCUCUUACUACCGCACUAAGUGGAGAGCACUGCGGACAGCAGAUGGAGCCUCCCCGGAACAGCUGGUGGUGAACCGGAAGAUCCUGCGACUGGUGAAGCACACGCUGGCUAGCGUUAGCAGCAUCAGGGACCAUGAGAUGGCCCUGCUAGAUGAGAUGCUGUCAGCAUGUGCUAGGGAGGCCAGCAACAAGAGCCUUGAGCUUAUCUUUAGCGCUCACCUCUUCUACCAGAACAGGCAGGAGAAGUUUGUGAGCAGCCUCGCAGAGGAGUUGCCUAAAAAGGUUGAUAGCAUCACACCUUACACCAUGGCCCUCAUCGCCAAGUACAUCGCUCGCCAUCGUCUCAGAGAAACACGUCUGCUGGACACUAUUGCUGACUUUUUGGUCAAGAAGGGUGAAUUCUUGGACAGCAAGGUGAUCCAGAAGCUUGUGUUCCCAUUCAGUCGAAUGAGUUAUCGACCGGCUAACGAGGCUCAAUUUUUCUCCAAGCUGGAGAUGGUGCUCGAACUAAAGGCUCUGAGCUCUCCACUGGCCACCGUUAACAUCCUCAUGUCCUUGUUCCAGCUGGGCCAUUUUCCAGGGCUUGUCCUGCACCGUGUCUUCUCUCCAUCAUUCAUCAGUAACGUCACCAACAGUCCGUAUGCCCUGAUUGUACGGCGGUACCUUUCACUACUGGAUGCAGCUGUAGAGUUGGAAUACAGGGAUUAUACUGGACCUCGCCUUCAGGACUCCCAUAAAGUGCUCAUGUUUGAUCACGCGCUAACUGCAGAUGAGGUGAACCGUAAAUACAGUUACAAAGGUCUGGUUGCAGAGGCACUCAGGCAGCUUGUUGGCGAGCACGGCUACAAACAGGAUGAGGUUCUAGCACCAGGAUAUUGCACAGAUUUCCUGCUGUGGAUUGACAGCACAGGUCGUGUUCUCCCCAUCAGGACUGGGACACCAGCAGCAUCAUUAGGCGCAGGUUCAACCCCAUGUGUAGUACUAAACCUCAAAUCUCCCGAGGGGUUUGGCUCUGUCGCAGCUCUCACUACUGACUUCCAGAAGUUCUCCCCUUUUGCCUCUUCACUGGAUGAAGGGGGUGACAAACGUUCAGGAGAUGAGUCUGCCUUCCUCUCAGCUCACAUGCUCCCCCAAACAGCAGGAGCAACAGCUCAGAGAGUUGGUCCUAAUGGAACGGUAAAAUUGGACUACAACCCAUAUUACACAACUUCAGAUUAUUACUCUUCUCUAGCCAAGGAGCACUCUCUGGAGAGCCAGGACAGCUCCACCCUUAGUAGCCCCUCAGACUGCCUGACCCAGGCAGGGCCUUCUGUUCCAGGGACCGUUGCCCCACAAGAUUCCCUCUUCCAGUUCUCAAUUGGGAAAAUUCUGGAGGAUGAAGGGGGUACUGUCAUCUCAAAAGGAGCAAACCCGGGACCAGACUGUGAGAUCACUACAUUUUAUGAAGGUGUGACGUACCCAGAGGGUAGUGAGAGUGAUGUAGUGGCCAGUUCUCCACUGCAACUUCACAACCCAGAAAACCCAGAAGCUGACCGGACCACAGGAGAGCAAGUGAAAAGAGUUAUAAUGUCAGUAAAUGAUAAAUGGCAUUAUUGCCAUAAUUCUGAUGUGCUGGUCGGAUCCAGGGCAAUGAGAGACCGCCACCUGCACUUGCUGGGGUACAUUAUACUACAGUUGCCCUAUCUGGAGUUGGAGAAGCUGAAUGGGAUAGAGGAAGUGAAACAGUACCUGCACAAAAAGCUGCUGGAUGUUCCUUUAUGACGUCAUAAAAGAAGAGAAUGUUUGUUUGUGUGCUUCAGAGAGCAUGUGCAACUUUCACGAUUUCAAGAGGUUUUGUUGUUUUCAGAAAGACUGUUGUGUACGUAUGUGUCUGCGUGUGUAUGUGAGUGUCUGUAAAUGUGUUUGUACACACAGGAUGUGAACAGCCCUUUGUUUUUAGGACAACACAUCUGUUAACACAAGAAAUAUGGGAGGGUUUUAUCUUAAUUAUUUGGUUAUAGAGAGGCCAAAUUUAAAUUGGUGUAUGGUAUGUAGUAAGUUUAACUGUGCCUAGGUUUCUGAUUGAUUUUACCGCAUCAUAAAGCAGACAUUACUUCCCCCCCAGCCAACAAUUAAGGGCAUUUUAGUUUUAAGUAAUGGAACUAUUGAUCAUUGUACAAUAUCACAAUUCAUUAGCACUUCUGGAAAGUUUUUGGUAUAUUUGGUCAUUGGUGUGAUCACGAAUGUGUGAGAGGAGCAGGUUGUUUGUUAUUAAAUGUGCUCAAGCAUUUUCUAUUUUAAUUUUGUUUUAAUGGUGUUCCCACAUCCCUUUGUCCUCACUGUUAUUUUGGUGUGUUUAGGUGCAUGCUUGGGAAUAGACACUAAGUUUGUCUUAUGGGGCAAGUAUGAGUUAUAGUAUAUUUUAUGGAAGUGAGGCACCUUGUAAACACAAGUGUGGAGUGGUCUGUUGGUGAGCCACAACUAUUUGUAUUUCUUUAUUUUAGAUGCUGCUCUUUGAUUUUACAACUGAAAGAAUUGAGGGUUUAGGAUAAGCAUGGAUGUAUAUUAAGAAAUAUGUGGGGCUGUUGAUUAAAGUCUUAUAAGUCUAUUGGAUGUGAACUGUAUGGAGUUACAGUGGGAAAAGGAAUGUACAGGGAUUAUUAUAUGCAGGAAAGGGUAAUAUCUAGAUAUUUAAAAAAAAAAUAUGAUUGUCAGCUUUGGUGACAUGUGAGGGGAAAGCAAUGCACCCAGUUAACUGCAGGAUAAUUAUUAAAUAAUGUUUAUCUCUCCCAUGUGGAGAAUGUUGAAUUUUUGAUUGUGCCUUUAGUGUACAGAUUUUCCCUCAUUGUUGUCUUCAGAUAAGUUCUAAAGAGAAGUUUAACAAAGGUCUUUAGGUUAAAAUGUUGCUGCGAUUAAAAAAUAAUGUUUGGUUUUUUUUUUUUAUGCAAAAGAAAUUAAUACAUGGAAAUUGGGUUUAUAUGGAUAGGCUAACACUGACCAUUUAUUUUUGUCUGAUAUUUAAGUGCUGUCAUAGUUUACUUCAGUUAGUACAAAAGUAAUUGUGCAUAGUUAAUUUCAGCUAAACAAGCAAUUAUGGUUUGCAAAAUUUUUCAAGGCCUUGCUUAAAUCUGCAAAAAUGUAGGGACUGAAUGUGAAAAGAAUAAAGAUCUUUAAAUCAGAGAUCUUAUUAAUAUGGAUGACUUAUUUUAUGGUUGAGUCAUCCAUAUACCACUUUCUCUGUGUGCAUUUGCUUUCUUUAGAGGGAAAGAUAAUUUAUUAUGGAAAGUGAAUGUAAGUGGACUGUGUGCGUGAACGUGUGUCAGGUAGCGGGUGUGAAAAUGGAUCAAAAUGUCUGUUUAUAUACAUAGUAAAAUGUCUAUAUGAAAAUAUUAUUAAAAAUGAAAAA